UAGUUGAUUUUUGUGAUAUAAUAAGAGAGAGAAUUAUAUUUAAAAUGGUGAGAGAAAAAAGACACGUAGAAGGAUAGAGAGUAUCAUUUGUAUCAUCCGAUGUUGAUGAUCAAGGAUUGAGGGUGCAUUUUAUGUUUUUGAGUUUUCAGUUUUGAAGUAUGAACUCCAUUGAUUUUGUAUCCUCAGCGAUCGUCUCCACUAACUUCAACCCCAAACUUGUUUCCUUCUCCAAACCCAAAAUCAAAAUCAAAAUCAAAACUAAAACCAAGCCUUACUCUCUCAAUUGUUCCCUUCGCCAUUCUAAGCUCAGAGUUUCAGCUACCAUCAAGGAUCAGAAUCCCGAGUCACAGACUCCUAAUGUUUCAGAUCAAGUAACAGAGCAUCCAUUAGAUGAAAAUGGUGGUGCAGGAUUUGACCUUGGAUGGUUGCCUGCUUUUCCUCACGUUCUAGUUGCUUCAAUGUCCAAUUUCACCUUUGGUUAUCAUAUUGGGGUUAUGAAUGGUCCUAUUGUUUCCAUUGCCCGAGAGCUUGGUUUUUCGGGAAACUCAUUCCUUGAGGGACUUGUUGUUAGUAUAUUUGUUGCUGGUGCAUUUAUUGGGAGCAUAAGCACUGGUUCUUUGGUAGACAAACUUGGUUGUCGGCUCACAUUUCAGAUUGAUACCAUACCCUUGAUCAUUGGGGCGUUAAUAAGUGCAAAUGCCCACUCCUUGGAUGAGAUCCUUGGGGGAAGAUUUCUUGUUGGUCUUGGUAUAGGUGUGAAUGCUGUUCUUGUUCCAAUAUAUAUAUCUGAGGUUGCUCCAACAAAAUAUAGGGGUGCCCUUGGGUCCUUGUGUCAAAUUGGCACUUGCCUUGGUAUUAUUGCGUCACUAUCUCUUGGAAUUCCUUCUGAGCAAGAUCCACAUUGGUGGCGGACAAUGCUGUAUAUUGCAAGCAUCCCUGGUUUAAUUGUUGGUCUGGGUAUGCAAUUUGCUGUUGAUAGCCCACGUUGGCUUUGCAAGGCUGGGAGGAUAAAUGAUGCUAAAAAAGUAGUACGGGAGCUAUGGGGUGCAUCUGAAGUUGAGGGGGCAAUUGAAGAGUUCCAGUCUGUCAGCAAGAAUGAUGGCAGUGAUUUGGACAGCAGAUGGUCAGAGAUCUUUGAGCAGCCACAUUCUAGAGUUGCCUUCAUUGGAGGCGCUCUUUUUGUACUUCAGCAGUUUGCAGGCAUAAAUGGAGUUCUUUAUUUUUCAUCAUUGACCUUUCAAGGUGUUGGAAUUCAAAGCAGUGCUUUAGCAAGCUUGCUUGUUGGGCUUACAAACUUUGCAGGUGCACUUUGUGCUUUAUAUUUAAUCGAUAGGGAAGGGAGGCAGAAACUUCUUAUAGGAAGCUACUUAGGAAUGGCAAUUUCUUUGUUUCUUGUGGUCUAUGCUGUCACCUUUCCAUUGGAUGAGCAACUCAGCAACAACUUAUCAAUAUUAGGAACUAUCAUGUAUAUAUUCUCUUUUGCAAUUGGAGCUGGCCCUGUAACUGGCAUUAUUAUACCAGAGCUUAGCAGCACCAGGACACGAGGGAAAAUCAUGGGGUUCAGUUUUUCUACCCAUUGGGUUUGCAACUUUGUGGUGGGAUUAUUCUUCCUUGAGUUGGUGGAGAAGCUUGGAGUUGCACCGGUAUAUGCUAGCUUUGGAGCAGUUUCCCUGUUGGCCGCUGCAUUUGCCCAUUACUUCCUGGUAGAAACCAAGGGGCGCUCUCUAGAAGAAAUUGAACGGUCCUUAAACCCGAAAGCUUAAGCCAGUGAUAAAUAUUACAACAUAUCAAAAUUUUCACUGCGUAUAGAACCAAGGUAAUCAAAACCGGACCAGUCAUUGAAUCGGUGUAGCUAUCAGAUUUGUUUUGAGGUUAAGCAUCAAUAAGAGCAUAACCAAUCAAAAGAACAGGAUGAGGGAGACUCCAUUCAACCUGGGAUCCUCAAAAAAAGCAGCAUGAAUCUGCAUCUCUGAAAUGUAUAGUUAGAUUUUGAUUCUUGAAUAGUUUCCCUGCUGUAUGUAAAUUUGUAGUAUUUCUUCUUUUUUUCCCUUAACUACUAUUGUUGGUUUAUAUGGUAGAAACGAUGUAUCUUGAUUCUUGAACUUGUAUCAAGUGUACCAUUUUGGUAAUAAAGCAACUUUUCUUUUUGGGGUCGUAAA